AUGUCGGUACGUAAAAUAUUUUUUGUCAGUCUGGUCAGUGUCACGGUGGGCAUCCAUCUGGAGAUGAUCAGCCUGUUGCCGCGUUCCAUCCCCGUCGGCCCGGCACUACCCUGGACGGAGCCGGCUUUGCUUUUAGCCGCCGAGAUGGUUAACCGCACCUAUGCCCCGCAUAUCACCAUGUCAGUCAAACUGAUCUAUAAUAUGACCCAUAAAACGUGUGAAGACGCCGAUGCCGACAAUCCUGGAUUACUUGGGGAGUAUUACUACAGCCAGGAUGAUACAGAUGCGCGGCAUUCGCACAGUGGUACAUGUUGGGCUGUAAUCGGGUCAAUGUGCGGCGGGUUUCUCGAAGCAGCAAAUUUAGCAAGAGAGUGGAAUAUUGUUGCCUUCUCCAACGGGCUGCUCCGUGAUGACGCCUUCAGUAAUGAACACCAACCGACGGCAGUUUCACUGGGCGGGAAUAUCGACAGCUACGCCAUGGUACUGAUGAAAAUUCUGGACCAGAACGGAUGGCGGCACGUGUCGUUGUUAACCGAUGCAAAUACCGGUAACGGAGCUGGGUUCUACGGGCUGCUUAGCAAUGCAUUGAUGAGAAUGGCUAUGGCUUCGUCUACUAUGCACGCCUUCGAAUCAACGAACUUCGAUGGAAAGGAUAUGCAGUCCGUGCUACCUCUACUUGCACGUGCAAAGAGCCGUAGCCGAGUGAUUUUUCUUUUGACAUUGACCGGGAGAGCGCUUAAUGUCCUGGAUAUUGCUCGAAAUGAAAACAUGACAAGCUCGGAAUAUGUGUACUUCAUUGUACAACCACUCGAGCAAGAGCAGUAUGGAAGGGUGUCCCUUUUUUCCAACAGUCCCCAAAAUAUGAAUAGCACCUAUGCUCGCGUUACAUACGUUACGACGCAUAAAACUGAUGACCUCGUGGCCAACCUGAAUUACCAGCUGGCAACUCGAACCGACGCGGAUCCGAAAACCGGGAAGCCAUUAUACGACAAUGAAUCUCAGGGUUUGUCACUUUACCGUUUUUCUACCAAACAGCCACUGGAAAACUUCAGCGUGCGGGCUACAUACGAUAGCAUCGAACUUUUCGCCAAGAUUGUCAAUGAAACCGUACAAGUUUCCCGCAGCAUUAAUUUCUGCAACGGGAGUCUUCUGGUCAAGAUGAUGUCCAAUCGUAACUUCGAUUUACAAACGGGAGAAACAUUUAUAAAGAUGGACAGCACUCGCAACCUGGAUUUAGAUAUUUAUGGAUACGAUCAAAUUGAUGGCAUUAUGAGGCCGCUAAUGUGGUACGAUUCUGUGGACGGGAUGCUAAAAAAUUAUUCAAGUUUUCGCAAAGACAAUGAAGGUCGUUUCACGUCACCGUUGAUAUUCCCUCCGCCAGAUGAACCGGAAUGUGGAUAUAGCGGGCUUUCGGGACCGUGUGCUGAAGAAAAACGUUAG